AUGCGCUCUCUCCUUGGAGACAUGCAGAUUAACGAGAAACUCGUCAAUGAAAUGUUUCUAGAGCAUCUGCCGGCAGAUGUUCAAACGACCUUGGCAUCUGGUUCUCAAAAUCUCACGGUUCCACAGCUGGCUGAAAUGACAGAUCGAAUUAUAGAGGUACAACGGUUCCAGCAGCCCUCCGUUACCCAGAUCUCCACAUCUGCAUCGACAGUGAAGGAGCAGUUAGUGAAGCAGAUGUCGGCCAUGGCGGAUGAGAUGGUCCCUCCUUAAACUACAGCUUGCACGCCUUUCUUCCAUUCGUUAACCCAGCAGUCGUCGUUGUCGCUCGCGACCUCGGACUGCCGAUAUUUGUUGGUAUCAUACCGAUUUCGGUGUAAGGGCCCGUCACUGCCCCUCGCCCUGCUCAUAUAAGUCGAAACAGAGAAACCAGACAGCCAGAGAAUAGACACAACCGUGUUCUCUGGCUCUUCGCCUCCGGCCGCACCUUCUAAGCCUGCGACAGUGUGACUCGCAGACGUUUCCUUGUGGACACUGGAGUCCAAAUCAGCGUCCUACCCCCAACUCCAGCCGAUCGUCGUUUCCCCAGCCCUGGUCUUCACCUCUAAGUUGCCAACUGUUCCCCCAUUCCCACUAUUGGCAGUCUGUCCCUCACCCUGAGCAUUGGCCUUCGUCGGUCGUUCUCCUGGAUUUUCGUGAUUGCCGAUGUUCCUCAUGCAAUCCUCGGCUCGAACAUUCUCUUUGUUGACUGCCAACGAUCCCGAUUUCUCGGCAGUACAACUGGUCUCUCUGUGUAUGGUUUAACUCUCCUCACUACCUCCUGAAAUUUAUCUGUCUUGGAUACAGUUAUUGCUAGCCUCUUUCAGGAACUACUCCUUAAACACCCCAACAUAAUCAAGCCCCAGUUUCGCAGUAGCGAGGGUCAACAUGACGUUGGGCAGCAUAUCCGCACCUCAGGUCCUCCUGUGUUCGCUCGGCCUAGAGGAUUAGCCCCGGCCAGUUCUCAGGCCUCGAAGGCGGAGUUUGAACACAUGCUGCUACUGGGAAUCAUUCGACCGUCCGAGAGCCCCUGGGCGUCCCCACUACACGUGGUACCCAAGGCGACAUCAGGUGACUGGAGACCCUGUGACGACUAUCGUGCCCUCGAAAACGUCAUCAUUCCUAAUCCGUAUUCCGUGCCCCAUCCUCAGGAUUUCGCUGGAGACCUUUUCGGCAAAACGGUUUUCUUGAAGAUUGACCUGUUGCGUGCCUUUUAGCAGAUUCCGGUCACCCCUGUGGGGAUAUCCCCAAAACUAUCGUCACUACAACUUUUGGCCUCUUCGGAUUCAUCCACAUGCCGUUCUGUCUUCGUUAUGCCGCCAAAACGUUCCAGAGGUUCAUUGACCAUGUCUUACGUGGCCUACCCUUUGUGUACGCCUGCAUCGACGACCUCUUGGUGACCAACCAGACUGCGGAAGAACACAAAGAGCACCUUGCCUUGGUGUUUGACCAUCAUGACAAAUUUUGGGUUAUCAACAACCCCUCCAGGUGCGGGCUGGGUGUGCCUUCGUUUGAAUACACCGGCCAUCCUAUAGGCUCUGAAAGUUUGCGUUCCCUGUCCUCCAGAGUUGAAGCAUCUCGUGAUUUUCCUCCACCAACCUCCAAGCGUCAUUUGCAGCGAUUCCUCGGCAUGGUCAUUUUUUACCGCCGGUUCCUACCGAAAUGUGCUCACCUCAUGUUGCCGCUCACCAGCAUGCUUUCCGGUCCCAAAGGCCUCCUCGAACUGACUGGUGAAACACUGGCUGCUUUUGGGAGAAUCAAGAGUUUCCUUGCCGACGCCACCUUGCUCACGCAUUCCGCUCCCGAAGCUCGGCUGUUCCUGAUGGUCGAUGCUUCGACCGUAGGCGUAGGUGCAGUCCUUCAACAACACCUUGCUGGCUCGACCAGAAUUAUAGAGGUAUGA